AUUGACUAGCAGCUCAACAGCCAAAAAAAGCCUCACAAGGACAACUUCAAAUCACCUUUCCUAAUCCGAAUUGAAAUGGCUGGCGAAGAUUUUUUAAUGUUGGAAAGCUACUUUAACAGCGCCUCUGGAUUUGACUCAGACGACGCAGAUUUUGAUGAGCUGGACUGCUCUGAUCCUUUGGCCAUGAGCAGCAGAUGUGACCUGCACAAAGGAAUCCGUAUCGAGGUCACCAAGGAGCCUCUUAGCAUGCGCAGUGUUGCUAACGUUGUAAUCGCUCUGCAGAGGCUGAAGCACACUCAACAUGUUCAGUCCACAGAGUUCACUGACCAGGACCUCUUCACUAUCUUCAUGGAGAAUGUGAUUGAAGAGAGCAUAGCGAUCGAUCUGAAGUGUAGUGAAUCCCAGAGUUACAGCAUGCAGGACAAGGCUGUGCAGUGCACAAUAUGCGACAAGUCUAAAAGGGCCUUGGUGCGAAGAGACAAGCUUCCUAUACUGCUGGCCAUUACUCUGAAAGGUGGAAAUGAGGAGAAUAAAGCAUGGUUCAAUCUCUCAGCCUACAACCCACCAAACUGCAGAGGAAACGCAAAAGGCCAGCCUGUGUGUUUGGGGAUUGUGAAGAGCAACCUGUUUCUGUCAUGUACAAUGCAGAAUGAUACUCCUUUUUUAGGCAUAGAGGAGGUAAAAGACAAAGAGAGCCUGAAGACCAUCAAGGAGAACGAUGGAACGGAGCGCUUCCUGUUCUUGAGAAACGGACCCGGUGACUCCCUGAACACCUUCGAGUCGGUGAAAUACCCGGGUUGGUUCAUGACCACGUCCAAGGAUGACUUUAAGCCAGUGCAAAUGACUAAUCAGCAAACCAGCCACCUGCAGUUGUUCACGCUCCAUGAUGAGACAGUAGUCUCUCAGAAUUAGUUCUGAUUCAGAAAAACAGUUUCCAGAAAGUAUGUACUAAGUACUGAGUGUAAAUCUGGAGGCUCAUUUUAUGUUUAAGUUUAUCUCAGCUCGAGAUACCUGACUGUCUUGUGAUUGUUGGGGGUUUAAAAAAAAUAAUAUUUAUUUAACUAUAUUUAAAAUGUAACUUAUUUAUUACACAUUUUGUAUGGAUUUUAUUACUCUAAUUUAUUUAUAUGUUUAAAAGUCUAAUAAAAUAUUUUUUUUCAAA